AUGUCAGGGCGGCGUUAUGCCGACGAUGUCUCGGUUUAUGAUGACCGAAGAUCAGAAGUCUCAAGAGGCGGUGGUCGAAGGGUCUACGAGGAUCGUUAUGUCAAGGAAGAAACAGAGUACCGCCGGGCUCCUGCACCCACCGCGGUGCGAGAGCGAGAAGUCGUCAUUCGGGAUGAAGUGAGAGAACGACCGUCGUCCAAUACUCCCGCGUUCAUGAGAGAAGAUUAUGGCCGCAGCGGUGCCGGUCCCAUGGUUCUGAGAGCCAAAGAGAGAGAAGACUAUGAAUUUGUCCCCCGCCCUCGCCGUCGAUCCCCCUCGCCAGAACUCGAAAGAAAGGUCGAAAAGGAAGAGAUCAUCAUCACAAGAGACCAAUCCGAAUCCCGACCUCCUCCACGCCAACGAGAAAUCGAGCGAGAAGAAAUCAUCCUCCGAAGAGACGACCGGGAUAGAGCGCCACCUCCCAGAGAACGUGAGCGUGAAGAAAUCAUUAUCCGGCGAGAGGAAAAGGAGCCCGAGUAUAGGCCACCACCACCUCGAGAAGUCAACACCUCCAAGGAGGAGAUUAUCAUUCGACGUGAGGAAAAGGAACCAGAUCGUCGCCGGUACGACGACUACAGCGACGUGGGCUCUCGCAGAGGUGACUAUGACCGGAGACCUCCAAGGAGCGAGGCCGACCGAGAGGAAAUCGUUAUACGGCGCGAGGAGGAGAAACUGGAUUCUCGUCGUUACGACGAUUAUGCUUUGACGAGGCCAAAGUCUCAUGAACGAGCAAGGUCUCGUGCUCGACGGUCCAGUAGCGGUUCAAACGACGAGAUCAUCAUCAGACGGGAUGAGGUGAGGGGCCGUAGUGGUGAUCAUGAACGUCAAGAAAUCAUCAUUCGCAAGAGCUCCCGUUCACCGUCCCCAUCGUCCAUCUCUUCCGCCCCAGCUCCCCGAGCUGCUCAACCACCGCCGCCACAAGUCAUCAACGCUCCCACAAUUCAUCAAGAAGUCAUCACUCAUCAUCGUCACAUCGAUCACGGCUUCGAGGUACAGUACCCAACACGGCCAAGAGUGGUCUCUCGUCCACCAUCUCCCCCUAGUCCACCAUUACCUGCCCCAGUCCCCGUCCCAGCUCCGGUGAGAGCUCGUUCUGAAGAACGCAUUCAAAUCAGCCGGACACAGACCCGCAAUGGACGCACUGAGAACGAAGACAUCAUCAUCGACCGGAAUCAGGGACCCAGUCCUCCAAGAAGCGUGGCGCCUUACUCCACUCCACCUCCUCCCCGAGAUGCCUACUAUGACGCACCAGUACCUCGCCGUGAUUAUCGAGGCUAUGAACGCGACGUACAAGAAGAAGCUGAAUAUUACAAUCAACGAGCCCUUGAUAGGGCUUACGUAGGCGAGGCUCAACAUGGAGCCACUCGUGACUGGGCAUUGGUUGACGUGCCCCCUGGUACGAAUCGAGUCAGAAUGGAUGGUGCAGGGGGUGGUGCACAGGAAAUCACAUGGCAACGAUAUAAUGGUGUUCGCAGAAGCAAGUUCUUUCCAGAUGGCGCCGAUGAGGGCUAUACUGGAGAAGUUGGUAGACAUACUCCUCUGCCCGCACCGACACCUGAACACAGAUACCCACCCUCUCCUGCAUAUAAUGGAGAAAUCGGGAAAAGAUACGGCAAAGAGCGGAAUCCGACUGACGGCUUAUGGACCGAAGUCACCAAGGAUUUGGUUGUGAAGGAAGCCAUCCAGGAAAUGGGUUACGAAUAUGAAGAGACUGACGACUUCUACUACAUUAUUGCUUAUUUACGAUAUGAAGAUAUUGCCCGCCUAGUUGGUCUUUCGGAAGAUAUCCGUAAGGAACGCAAGAAGCGUAUCAAGGAAAUGGAGUGGGAGAAUCGUGUUCUUCCUCCACCACCUGAGCAACGGCUUACCAUCGAACCACCACCGCCUCGGCAUGGAACUAAAGACUGGGCUCGAGAAGAAGAGAGGUAUAUUGAACGAGAGGUCGUUUAUCGAGGAGGCCGUCCUCCACCACCCCCAGCUUGGAGACACUGA